AUGGAUCCAGCAGGAGCAUCGGUGGCCAACGACAUCGGAGAAGGCGAGAAAUUCGCGGUGGGGAAUAUUUAUUCGGUCAAGGUGAUCACCGGAGAUGAGUUCCGAGGGAUCGUCAUGGCUUACGAUCCCAUUCCCAACUUCGGUUCGAAACCUAGACCUGGGCAUUCGAAGAACACUCGGAUGGUGAAUGCAAAUUUCAUAACCGGGCUUUCGUUUUUGGGGAAAACCGAAGAUCCGCUUGUUGUAGACAACUGUUGGGUUAAUCUCGACGGGCUUCGAGCUAAAGAGGCACUUGCUAUCAGGCAAGCGGAAGCAGAAGCUGAGAGACUGGGAGUUGGUGUUACCGCGGAGGCGCAAAGCAUCUUCGACGCAUUGUCCAAGACGAUGCCUGUGCAAUGGGAAAACUCAGAUAUUUUGGUGAUGAAAGACGUACGCGUUCGUAGCCCUUACCUUUCCGAUUGUGUCUUUGGAGGAACCGAUGUUGCCAACAACCGAGUCAAGAAAGUGCUUGAGCUGGAGAGACGAAGGUUGCAACUCUUUGGCACAUAA